UUUUUUGCCAAAUUCUUUGUAGUAAGGUUAGGGGGGCCCCGCGCGAGCCCCGGGCCCCCGUCCCGCAGCAGCAGCAGUAGCAGCAGCACCACUCGCAGUCAAGCAGCGGGACUCCAGGCUCUCACUUCCCCAGCUGCUGACGUCAGCUGGCAGCCUGGGCUGAGCUCGCUGCUCCGGACAUAGCGCCGAGGAAAAUGCUGCUCUCCGUACCGCCAAGGGCAGGAGUCAACCCCUACAACGGCUUCAACAGCAGAAACAGCAAAAAGCAAACCUAUGUGUCCUCCGGCCAUCAGAUGGCGCCCCCCAGUCCCAACACCAACAGCAGCAGUAACAGCAGUGGCGGAGGAGGGGAACAGCUGAGUAAAACUAACCUGUACAUUCGAGGCCUCCAUCCGGGAACCACGGAUCAAGACCUUGUCAAGCUUUGCCAGCCGUACGGCAAAAUCGUCUCAACCAAGGCCAUCUUGGAUAAAACCACCAACAAAUGUAAAGGCUACGGCUUUGUGGACUUUGACAGUCCAGCAGCGGCGCAAAAAGCCGUCACAGCUCUGAAGUCCAGUGGCGUCCAGGCUCAAAUGGCCAAACAACAGGAGCAGGACCCCACCAACCUGUACAUCUCCAACCUGCCGGUGUCUAUGGACGAGCAGGAGCUGGAGAGCAUGCUGAAGUCGUUCGGACAGGUCAUUUCCACACGCAUCCUUCGAGAUGCCAACGGAACCAGCCGCGGCGUCGGAUUUGCGAGAAUGGAGUCGACAGAGAAAUGCGAGGCCAUAAUUCAACAUUUCAACGGGAAAUUCAUCAAAACCCCACCAGGAGUGCCUGCGCCCACAGAGCCCUUAUUAUGUAAGUUUGCAGAUGGGGGUCAGAAGAAGAGGCAGAGCCAAGGGAAGUAUCUCCAGAAUGGAAGGCCUUGGGCUCGUGACGGAGACACGGGAGGAAUGACGCUGGCGUAUGACCCCGCUGCUUUACAGAACGGCUUCUACCCGUCGCCUUACAGUCUGGCUCCAAACCGAAUGAUCGCUCAGACUUCACUCUCACCCUACAUGCAUUCUCCUGUCUCAUCCUACCAGGUACACAGCCCGUCCUGGAUGCACCAUCAGUCGUUCCUCAUGCAGCCAGCUGGUACAGUUCUGACACCAACCAUGGAUCACGGCAUGUCCAUCCAGCCCACGUCUAUGAUGGGACCUCUCACACAGCAGUUAAGCCACCUGUCUCUGGGCAGCACAGGCACAUAUAUUCCGGCCAACACUACUAUGCAGGGGACCUAUAUUCCCCAGUACACCCCAGUGCCUCCCUCCAGUGUCCAAGUGGAGGAAAAUGGUGCCCAACAGCAGCAGGUUGCCAUGGAGACGCCCACAGAACACACAAACUACUCAUACCAACACACCAAGUGAAGCUAAGCGUGAAGCCCAGGACGCGUCAUAAAUCCAAGCAGAAGGAUUCAGCUGGAAGACAUCUGUGCUCCAAACCAUCAACCAAACACCCAAACUUGAAGAUGGGUAACAAAAGGAACACACGUAUGCCUGUGAGUGUGUUUGUUUGUUUGUGAGUGUGUGCGUGUUUGUUUUUCUCUUCUUUUCCGUUCAAGAAAAAGGACAACACUUAAACAUCAUCGGACAGUUCUGCUCAGAUCCUCCAGAACUGAUCAACCAAAGGUGGAAAUCUUCGCAGAAGUCUUGCUCUAUUUUGAUAACUGAAAGAGGACCGUCACAAAAAGAUGUAAAAAGAAAAAAAAAAGUUAGAAAACUGGUGGAAGGAGAAGGAAAAGACACAGAGCAUUAUUUUUGUGCGCGUAAUAUUACAAAUUCUUAUUUUUAACAAAGCAUUCUGGAUGUUUCAGAGUGAUUCAAGAGUUGAAACACAAUGUGUCUUUUUAAUUUUUUUUUUUGUAAAAUAUGCAAACUUUUUUUAUGUUUCUGAUGUCUGUUGUUUGACAUUCUACUUGCAGCAGCAACAUUUUGUACAGAUUUCAAACGUUUGCUGGUCUGAUGUGGGCGGGGCUUCUGACUGUGGGAGGUAAACCGUUUAAAGCUACUUCUUCCUGGAUCUGCUGCGGAGACUUCAGACCACCAAAACUUUGUUUAUAGUUUAGCGGAGUGAACUUUCCUUCUCCUUAAGCUCAUUCUUUCAUAAAGAAAAAACAAAAGACAAUCAAUUAUUUAUAUUUAUAUUAGAAUUAUAGUUCUAUUUUGUGGAGUUUUGAACCAUUGAAGCGAACGUUUAUAGAAAAGAAGUUAUUUAAAUGAAAUCCCCACGCAGAAACUUUUUGAGAAACGUUUGGCUUUCAGUCCUGUGUUUACCAUCCAAAAAAAGAAAAAUAGCCUCCAAAAAUGAAACGCUCACAUAAAAGUUUUUAUCUUUAUUUGCUAGAAUGUAAACUGGCCUUACGUCCCUGUCUGUGAGAAGUGGUUUUAAGCGGUUUCGUUGUGGCAAACCAUCAGGUAUCACUGAAUUCAUCCCGCGUGGACGGGAUGAUGCUUUAGAGAGGAGCGGUUAGAUUUGUGCAAAGAAGAAUGCAGUUACUGAAUUCAAUCUUAGUUUAGCGGAAAGCGAUGAGGGAAAUGAAACGGAAGACUUCAAAAGUCCCUGAGCAAACCGGCGCGAUAGGAAAAGGGAGCUUGAAGUCUUUUUUUCGAUGCUGCUGUCACCUGAGUUUGAGUCUCCGUCUGUGACUUUUUAGUGAGUUUAAUGUCCUGUUUUUCUCUUUAGUCUGUCACUUGAAAAAAAUUCUUUUGAUCUUAUUUUUUGAUGAAUUAAUCGUAGAUUUUAGCUGUAGAGUUUAGGUUUUUACAGAGAGUAGGAGUUAGAUUUGUUUUCUGUUGAGACUUUGUUUUUCUUUCGGCUCCGUUUUCCGUUCCGAGCCUCGUGUCGUCCGUCUACAGAGACAAAAUAGUCUCACCUGAUUUUGUGUGUUUGCGAAGUUCUUGAUUUGUAACGCAUACAAAACAUUUUAUACAUAAUUGUGUGUACUUGCAAUCUUUAGUUUUAUUUUUAAAUAAAAUUUGUUCUAGGUCUUUAUGGGCUAAAAUUACAUCGACCUAAAACUAACAAAUCGAGGGGGACCUGGUGGAAGACAAGAUGGUGGCUAAAGAUCAAUAGUCAGAAAGAAAUCCAGAGCUGGAUUAUCAUCACACUCUCACCCCUACGUGUGUUCCGUAGAUUCCAGUCAAAAACUACUCUUGUUUUUGGUCUAAAAAGACUAAUAAAACCAGCAACCCUAACAGUUAUGUUUUUUUUGUGUUUUAAGCUUUGAACCUUGAAUAAAACCCAAAAUGUUCUUUUACACACUGUAACUCCGUACACAUUCAAUGUGAAUUUGCUGAUUUGCAGAGAAAAGCGGUUUGGUGCUGCUAAGCAACACUUUAAAGCGGCGUUUCACAGAUGUACAACACAUUACUAAUAUACCGGCACAAAGACGCUUUUCACAGCAACAUAAUAAGCUGAUUCACGUUGAUCGUGUAAAGGAUUGAAGCUAACUGAGGUCAAACGUAACACUGGUCUGGAGCUAACGCUUAGCAGUUUGACAACUGAACACUUUUGUAAAUAUCCUUUAAUAAAACGUUUACCCUCGUUUGACACUUUUUAAGAUAAUCCUGAACACUAAAAAAAGUUUUACAAAGGCGAUGUCUGAAUUCCCUCCUUAAUCCCUAACUACAAAAAAACUAUAUUGUGUGGUACUAUCUGAAUUUUAAAAGCAAUUCUGACACCAUUCUCACUACUCUACUUUUGUUUUUUUUAAACGCCAGAUAUCACGUCACCGAUUUCACGGUGAAAAUCAAAUCAAUUCAAACAUUUCACAACGUUUAUUUGUGACUUCACUCUGUUCUGAUGAUGAAAAUGUGGAUG